AUGGACCCGAGAGACACUGCCCCCGAUUCCUGGGAACAAGAGGACGAUGUGGAGGCCACAAUCGACGGACAGCUUGAAUCUGCUUUCACCAGCUUAAAUGUGAACGCCAAACCCUUUGUUCCUAAUGUGAACGCCGCCGAGUUUGUCCCGACAUUUGCCAUGAAAGCACACUCGGAAAAUCUCGAUUCAACGGGUAAGCCUACUGUCACGUUGGGCAGCGACGUUAGCAGCAAGCUAGUCGAGAAUGGUGACACAGAAAUGACUCCAGAGGAACCAUGGGACCAAAAAGAAGCUGAACCUAACGAGGAAGAGCCAGGAGGUGGGUGCUGUGGUGACAGAGGGCCAGCAGCGGCCGCAACAACUGAAGAGAUAGGGGCAGAGAUGGCAGAAGAGGAAGAGGAAACGCCUGCACCCAAAGGUCCCCCAACGCAGCCAGAUGCCCCGAAGAAAGAACACAUCAAUGUCGUGUUUAUUGGACAUGUAGAUGCUGGAAAAUCCACCAUUGGCGGACAAAUCAUGUAUCUUACGGGCAUGGUAGAUAAGAGAACCUUGGAGAAGUAUGAGAGGGAGGCAAAAGAGAAGAACCGAGAAACCUGGUAUCUUUCUUGGGCUUUGGACACCAAUCAAGAGGAGAGGGACAAAGGCAAGACUGUGGAAGUGGGCCGAGCAUACUUUGAGACGGACAAAAAGCACUUUACCAUCUUAGAUGCACCAGGCCACAAGAGCUUUGUUCCGAACAUGAUUGGAGGUGCAUCGCAAGCUGAUCUGGCUGUUCUGGUUAUCUCUGCCAGAAAAGGCGAGUUUGAAACAGGUUUUGAAAAGGGUGGACAGACACGAGAGCACGCAAUGUUGGCCAAAACGGCAGGUGUCAAGCACCUAAUUGUUCUGGUGAAUAAAAUGGAUGACCCUACAGUCAACUGGAGCCUUGAAAGGUAUGAAGAAUGUAAGGAGAAACUUGUGCCAUUUUUGAAGAAGGUGGGCUUCAACCCAAAGAAAGACAUUCACUUCAUGCCAUGUUCUGGACUAACGGGAGCAAACCUGAAGGAACCCACUGAUAUGUGCUCCUGGUACAUAGGUUUACCAUUUAUUCCACACCUGGACAGUUUGCCAAAUUUUAACAGAUCAAGCGAUGGCCCUAUUAGAUUGCCUAUUGUAGACAAAUACAAGGACAUGGGCACUGUGAUUCUUGGCAAACUUGAGUCGGGUUCCAUCAGUAAAGCACAACAACUCGUUAUGAUGCCGAACAGACAUGUGGUGGAGGUGUUGAGCCUCCUGUCCGAUGACGUGGAGACGGACGACGCUGGACCUGGAGAAAAUCUGAAGUUGAGACUAAAAGGCAUUGAAGAGGAGGAGAUCCUUCCUGGCUUUAUCUUAUGUAAUGCAGAGAACCUCUGCCAUUCUGGGCGGACCUUCGAUGCCCAGAUUGUCAUCAUAGAACACAAAUCCAUCAUCUGUCCUGGUUAUAAUGCUGUCCUUCACAUUCAUACGUGCAUUGAAGAGGUGCAGAUUACGGCCUUAAUCUGUCUGGUAGACAAAAAGUCAGGGGAGAAGAGUAAGACACGGCCGCGAUUUGUUAAACAAGAUCAAGUGUGCAUCGCACGUUUGCGCACAGCAGGAACCAUUUGCCUCGAGACCUUUAAAGACUUUCCUCAGAUGGGACGGUUUACCUUACGAGAUGAAGGUAAGACCAUCGCCAUCGGUAAGGUUCUGAAGCUGGUUGCAGAGCGGGACUGA